AUGGAAGAAGUAAAGGAAGCACAUGAUAAGUAUAAUUUAUUCAUUUUAAACUAAUAAAAUAAUGAUAGUUUCGAGGACAAAAAAUUAAUGUUUUAACUCUUUUUAAAGCACAUUGAAAAUGAUAUUAAAUGUAUAGAAGAUGAAGACUAUGAUAUGUAUUGUUUCUACAAAUAUUUAAUUGCAAAUUAAAGUAUAAAAUACCUUAAUCUAAACGAAAAUUAGAAAAAAAUAUUUUUAUACCAUUUAAAAACAUACAAAGUGUCAGUAAUAAAAAAAAUUAAGAAUACUGAAAUUGAAUUAAAUCAACUCAGUUCUUAGUUACCUACAAAUAACUAACUUAUUCAAUAAUGCCAAAAUAAGUUAAAGGCUGAAGUAGAACUAAUUAAGAAUGAAGAUAAAAGCCUGUAUGAUAAAUAUUAAAAACUGAUGUCUGAGAGAUUUGAUGAUAAAUCAGUAAAAAUAAAAAAAAUAUUGAAUGAUAUAAUUGAGCUUAUUUCAUAUAGCUCAUUUUAAGAAGACUUUUAAAAAUAAAUUUUACAAGCUCUUAAAUUAUUAGAAGAAAGAAUAAUAAUUUUGGAAGAAGAAGAAGAAGAAGAAGAAUAAGAAGGCUUUGAUCGAUAUGGAUAUUAUUGUUUUCUGUUAGCAUAUUAUAUAUAAGAAAACUAAAAUUUAAAUUCCAAAAAUGCUGAAAAUUGUGAGAAUAUAAAAAAAAAAUAUUUAGAUAAUAUUUUAAAUAAAAUUGAAAAAAUCUAUAAUAAUAUCUUAAACAUUACCUCUAAAUAAUCUAUAGACUAAGCAAAUUUUUAAAAAUAUCUAAAUAGUUUGCAGAUUGAAAUCUAAUUUCUUGAAAAAGAAAAUUUUCAAAAAUUUGGUUAUUAUAAAUACAUAAUAGCUGAAAAUAAAUUAAGCUAUCUUAAGCUUAAUGAAAAGUAAAAAAAGAAAUGUGAAUAGGAAAAAAAAAUUUUUAUGGAUUAUUACGAAUAAUAAUUAUCAUUAAAGAGUAAAGAAAAUUUUUAAAACGAGAAUUUAAAAACCAGAAAUAUUGACCUCAAUAUUAUAAAUUAAAAGUAAAUCUAAUAUAAUCAGCUUGAUUAAUCAACUCCAACUUUAGACGUAAAUUUGAGUUAGCAUUAAAAUUAAGAACAAAAAUAAGAAGAAGAAGCAAGAAAUUAGAAUAUAAAUACUAGUAAUAUUUCAUCACAGAAUUCUUAAUAUUCCUAAAUUCAGAGCUAAAUUUAAAUCUAAAGUAAUCAUCUUUUUUAAAAAUAAACAACAGUAUAAUAAUCUAUUUCUAGUAGUGAUAAUUUAGAUAUUUCUAGUUUAUCAGAAAAUGAAUCAGUGAUAUUAUCUUAAUUUUAGUAUUAUGAAUAAGAAUAUAAAUAAAAAUUAGAAGAAGGAAAUGAGAAUAUAAAUACCAGUAAUAUUUCGUCAUAGAUUCCCUAAUAUUCCAAAAUUCAGAACUAAAUUCAAGUUUUAAGUAAUCAAGCUUCUUAAAAAUAAACAACAAUGUAAUAAUCAAUUUAUAUUAGUUAAACUUUAGGUAUUUCUAACUUAUAAUAAGAUGAAUCAAGCAUAUAAUCUUAAUUAUUCUUAUCUAAUUAAAUAUUAAAUAAGUCUAUUUAUGAAAAUUAAAUUUAAGAAAAAGAAAAAUGGAAAAAUUAGAUUCUUUUCGAAUUUUCCAAAAAUAAUACUGUAGCAAAUAUUAAUACAAUUAUAUCUUAAAGCCAAAAAGACGCAUUUGAAACUUAAAAAGUAUAUUUGAUUAUGGGAGAAACAGGAGUAGGAAAAAGCAGUUUUGUUUAAUAUUUAACUGGUGAUCCUAGAGCGGAGAUAGGUCAUUUAGGAAACUCACAUACAUAAAAAUGUAGAACCUUUAAAAAAAACGAAUUAAAAUUUAUAGAUUCUCCUGGUAUAAAUGAUACAUAGGAUGAUAGAUACUAAAUAUUACUGAAUAUUGUGAAAUAUCUAAAAUAAUAUAAAUAUAGAUUCUAAGAUUUAUUUAUUAUUUGCGUAUCUAAUAAAGAUAUUAACAACCAUCUAAAACAUAUUUAAGAAUUUUCAUAUACCUACUUUCUUUAUGAUUUGUUUGGAGAUUAAAUUAAAUUUAAGGAUGUGGAAUAGCUAGUCGACGAAUACUUCUAAUCAACUUGCCUUCUCAAUUGGCAAGAAGCUGGAUUCCACUACUUAUAAGACUAAUAUACUGGAAAAAGAGUAGAAAUAUUCAAAAAAAAAGAUUAAGCUUUAAAUUAUAUUCAAUAUGCUUAAAAUCUUCAUAUUGUUGUUAAAACAUGCUUUGACAAAACUCAUCAAGAAAACUUAAAAAUAUUUAAUAAUUAUAAAGUUGAUUUUUUAAAAUAACAAAUAUGGUCAAAUAAAAAAGAAAAUAUUAAUGAUUUACUAGCAUACAAAGAAUAUAUUUAAAGCUAAGAGGUUCAUUUAUUUAAUAAAAUUAAAAAAAUCAUUUAAUUCUGGGACGAGGUAUAAAUUUGGAAUUAAGGAGAAUAAAUCUAACAUCUACUUUUAAUUGGUGGGUCUUAAGUCGGAAAAUCGUCUUUAAUUGAGUAAUUAAAAUAAAUUUCAGGACUAAGAGGAUCAGGAACAACAUCAAUAACAAGUUUUUGUUAAAUUUUCCUAGUAGAGUAUAAUAAAGUGAAAUACUUUUUCAUUGACACACCAGGAUUUGAAGGAACAGAAGCUAAUUAAAAUUAAUAUCAUAAUUUAAAAAUAAUUUCUGAUUUUUUAAGGAGAAAUAGAAUUACAGAAUUUAAAGUUCUUUAUAUGCGUGAUGCUGAGAGAGAUGUAAGAGACGGAAUGCCAUAAGUCUUAAAUAAACUCUUUUUUUUUAUUUAGGAAAUGUUUGAUUAAGAUUCUUCAUUUAUAGAUUCAUUAUAUUUAAGAGAACUAAUGACAUUUCAAUUUUCUUAAACUAAUAAUUAAUCUGAUUAUAUAAAAUAUUAAUUAAAUUUAAUAGAAAAAAAAAUAUUAACUAUAGAAAGAGUUGAAAAAAGAAAUAAUAAAGGAUUAGUUUACAUGAAUAAAUUUAAUAAAUAGAGUGUUGAAUUCCAAAGUAAUUUCUUUACUGAAUAUGGAAAAUUUAUUCAAGUUGAUAUUAUAGAAGAUGAUUUGUAAAAAAAAACUCUAUUUGAAGGAGUAAAUUAGAUAGAACCAAUAUGUGUUGAUGAAAAAAUAUUUAUGAAAAUAAAAAAAACAAUUAAUAGUAAAAUAAUAAAUAAUCUGGAUGAUUAUAUGACUGCUUUCAAAAAAGUACUUGAAUUGUAUUAAUAAUACAACAAUAUUUUUAAUUUAAUUAAUAUUGGAAGGUAGAAUAAAUAAAAUAUUUCUAAGGAUUUGAAUGAUUAAAGAAUUAAGAUAGCCGAAAAAUUGAGCAAUAUUAUUUAUAUUGUUAUCGGAGAUUUUUAAAAUACCCCAGAAAUGAAAAAUUAUAUUUCGAAAUUAUUUCUUAAUAAAAUAUCAAGCAAUAACGAAUAAAAUCAUCAAAAUGAAUUAAACAAUAAGGUUUUAAAUUCUAUACAAAAGCACUUUUUAAAAGCAUCAUAUACACCCUUUCUAUUUGAAGCAUAAUAGAAUCCUAAUAAUAUUUUCCUAUCUCGAAAGUAGUUAUAUUACUCGUCAUUAGCACAUUAAUUAAGCCCUUUUUUGAGAAAAAGCAGACCAGACCAUUAAAAAAUCAUAGAAAAACUUUCAAUAAUUAAAAUUCUAUAGGAAUUAACUUUUCAAUCUCAUGUUUAAUCUAAAUAAAUAGAAUUAGAAAUUAAUAGCGCUCCAGAAAAAAUUAUAGAUAAGAUAGAUGCAUUUAUUUCUGGAAUAAAUAAUAUAUUUGGGAGUGGAGGAUAAUUUUUUAGAUAAUUUUACUUAAUUAACAAUGUCGUUGAAGAUAUCUUUAAAUUCAAACAAGUAUUUAAUGUUGCUGCAAAAUGGCAAAAUUAUUUCUUAUCUACUAUAAGCUUUGGAUUUGAUGCAUAUUCAUAUUCAAAAGGAAAAAUAUGUAGAAGAUAGAUGGAAUUAAUGACCUACUUUAAUAUAGCCAAUACAAUUUUACCUUAUUGCCUUUCUGUCUCAGGUAUUGGGUGGUUAGGUCUAUUUGCUUUAGGAUUCAUAGCUGAAAGAUAUUUAACUUAAAGUUUUACAUCUAGUUAAAUAUUUGAUAAAACAUUGGGUUUAGUUUUAAAAACUAUUAUAGAUGAUUAGCAUCCUAAUUAGGUUUUACUUUACUUUUAAAAAUCAGAAUUUUUAAAACAACACAAAAUCACCAAUUAUUCUUAAACUUAAUCAAAAGAGGCGUAUGAAAUGUUCAGAUAACUAGAAGAAAAAAAUUAUAAAUCAGGAGAAUAGAAUAAAUUUCUCCUAAAGCUAUUCAAUUAAAGUGAGUAACCUAAAAGAUUAAAAGAUGAAAUUUCUAAGCAUAUAGUUAAGAAUAUCAUAUCAAAACAUUUUUAAUUUGAAUUUGAGUAAAUUUAAGGUUAAAAUCUCAUUUAAGGUAUAGAAAAAUAGCUAAAAAGUAAUAAGUAAAUAAUUGAUACUUUUUAUCAAAGAUUUAAUUUUAACAAUCUACUUAAAAAUAUUAAAUAGGAUUAAAAAAAAUUAAAAGAAACUUUGCAUUAAAAUGAAAAACAAACUAAUAUUUGCUUACAUGACGAUACAGAUUUUUUAUAAAAGCUAAAUACCUAUCAAUAAUCUUUAAAUGUAUUUAUUAAACAUAUAGAAAAUACUAGUUAUAAUUAUAAAGAACAAAAAGAAUUUUGUGAAAAGAUACCUUUAAGUAAGUGUCAGUAUUAUCCCAUAACUUUUAAAGGUUAUUGUAAUUUAGUUCAUUAAAAAAGCUAAUACAUUUUUAUGUAAGAUACCAUAAGCGAAAUUUUCAAAAACAAUAAUUGUUUUGAGGUGAAACCUGAAAAUAAUUUUAACCAUGAAUUUUUUUAAUUUUAAAAUGACGAUGAAUUAACAUAUUACCUCAACUUGUUAAUUUUAAGCGAUAAAUUUAUUACAAGUAGGUAUAUAUUAAAAGUUAAAGGUAAUAAAUAACCUUAUUUAAGUUUUAUGAAUGGUACAGAAGUUAUUGAUGCUGAAGUUGAAUAUUCAAUCGAUUUAUUCCAAAAAGCAAAUGAAUCAUUUAAUUUGAAAGACUUUGUUGAAAUAAUAAAAAUUGAAACUAAGAAUUAAUUUAAUAUUGAUAAAGAAAUAUAUUUGAGAUUAAAAAACUUCUUUGAAUCAAUAGGUAAUUUGAAGUAAAUUUUUGGAUGA